AUGUGCGAUCACCAUCGCGAUUCAUUUGCUUCGGAUGCAGCAUCCGGAGCAGAGCCUGGAAUGGAUCUUUUCGACAUUCCGCUUGUUGAAACGGAUGAUCCAUUGUUCAUUGUCAUCUCUAAACUUUCUCAGAUAUUGAAGUGGGAUUAUUCAACGACAGCCCAAGACGACUGGGGCCUCAACGAAAGUCGGGGCGUAGCAUGUGAAUUUGUUGCAUGGCAAUUUCUGUGUCAUCUCAACCAACGAGAAACGAUCGAAGUUCUCUUGGAAGAACUGCCAAGCUCGAGACGCGAGUCCACUACGUCUUUCGAGCCUGAGACAGGGUCCAACUACAGCGCUACCAGAGAGUCGCACGAGUCGACGCCGUUGCUUGAAGGCCAGCAUUUGAGUGGUCAUCAAUCCGAUUGCUGGCAGGGAAAGCAAGCAUCCCACUGUCAGCAUCGGAACAAUCAUCGCGGCUCACAAUUCGAUACCGUGGGAGAUGGUGACAUGAUGAGGAUCUCAAGAUUCUUUGGAUUGAAUGCCCUUGAAAUUGCAGCUAUUGCUGGUGCCAAAAAGUUUCUUAGUCAGCGUGUUGUUCAACGCGUGGUCAACGGUAUCUGGAAUGGUGAUAUCAUAUUCUGGGACUCUCUCACAGUUCAUUCCUUGAAAAAGCCGCAACGCUUUAAUCGAAAGUACUUCACCCAAACGCUCUCUGAUCGAACCGCGGACCCAUAUUCGCGCUUGCGAGUACCUGUAUACCGCAAGAUGUUCGAGGCCGCCUUUUUCCUCUCAUUUCUUUUUCUUUACUACUGUGUCCUCGUUGAGCGUAAAACUAACGGCUUAGGGCUUUUUGAAACACUCAUGGACAUCUGGAUUCUUGCCUUUGCUUACGAUGAAUUGAGCGGCUUCAUAGAUGCAGGCAUCAUGUUUUAUCAGACAGAUUUUUGGAGCCUAUGGAACUUGGGGAUCAUUGGAGUAGGAUUCGCCUUUAUUGGAACAAGAGCUGUUGGCCUUCUUCAGAAUAACGAUUUUAUCUUGGAUCUGUCAUUUGAUAUUUUGUCACUGGAAGCGUUGUUCUUAGUCCCACGGUUUGUUGUCCCUGGUCCAAGAUAUGACCCGCAAUUUGUCUCUAAUUUGACAUCGAGUCUGCAGGAUCUGCUCUCUCGUGAGCCUAAAUUCAUACUUCGGAAGCCUAGUACGUUGAUAUCUUCACUAACUAUACCCGUGCUUAAGGAGAUGGCUGACAACCCCUGGCGUGAACUCCAGACGAAGGCGUUUCUACGAUUUCUGCCUGUUGUGAUAGUCCUCUACAUUGGGUUUCUUACCACGUUCACAAUGCUGGCUCGCGACCGAUUGUCCCUCAAACAGAUGUCAUGGAUGCUAGUUAAGGUCUUCUUUGGCUCGCCUGAGAUUUCCCCAAUCUUUGGCUACGGCUUGAUGAUGGUCUUCGUCGCAAUGACCAAUAUUCUACUGCUUUCGUCGCUUAUCAGUCUGAUGAGUAUGAGUAUGGAAGGGGUAAUGCGACAUGCCCGUGAGGAAUACCUUUUCCAGUCAACGCCGUUUCUCCCACCAUUUUUUUGUGGUGGUUCAGUACUGAUCUUGCUGCUUGGCAGGUUGUCCAUUUACGUUUUGGAGAGCAGUAACUCCCGACGACUCACCUAUUUCAUGCCUCCAUUGAAUUUGAUACCUUUGCUAUGCAUCCGGCCUAUGCGACUUUUCCUAUCCGCAGGGACUGUCCGUCGUGUCCGCAUCAUGCUACUUCGGGCAACACAUCUGCCCUUUGUCGCUUUGAUCUCUGCUUAUGAGCACAGUCAAAGGCAUCUUCGACGUUCAACGGCUACUAGCCUCCCCCCGCCCUCCACUGCGAAACCUCCGCGUACCUUUGGUGGCGACCGAGGUGUUUCCCGGUGGCAGGACCCACCGCUGUCCUCCAGCAGGUCGACACGUCGAGCAGACCUGGCGAAGAGACGGCUUAGUGUGCCCCAUGACAUCUCCUGUGAGUCGAGUAUGGCGCGGCCCGACGAGGCACACCUAGUAGAGCUCCUGAACACGGUGGAUCGACUACAAGUACAAGUAGAACGCUUGACUACCGAACCGCCACGUUGA